AAACCUCAACAAGUAUAUAAAUACAGACGCGCAAUAACAAUAAUCAUUCUAAUCGCUAGUGGAGAGAGUAACUAUCAUGAGAGCAGCAAUUUUUUUGGUGGUUUUCGUCGCGGUUAUGGCCGUUGACGCGACGGUGUCGUUUAAUGAAACGAAUUGGAUCAAUGAUGCCAGAAAUGGUGUCAUGGCCGAGAUGUGGUUUGAUGGUGUACAACGCGGUAUCUCCGCUUUCCAUCCAAGCCCUGCUGGAUAUCAAGUAUACCGAAAUGUUAAGGACUUUGGAUGUCGCGGAGAUGGUGUAACUGACGAUACGGUUUGCAUUAACUCGGCAAUAUCGUCAGGAGGAAGAUGCGGCUACGGAUGCGGAUCGUCAACUGUUACGCCUGCCCUUAUCUAUUUCCCAUCUGGUUCUUAUGUGGUGUCGUCACCAAUCGUUAUGUACUACUAUUCUCAACUUGUCGGAAACGCUAACGAUCGUCCAAGAAUCAUUGCAGCACCUAAUUUUGCUGGAAUGGCCGUAUUUGACUCAAAUCCUUAUGACGGCACCGGUAACAAUUGGUUCACAAAUCAAAAUAACUUCUUCCGUCAGGUGAGAAACUUCAUCAUUGACACAACUCGUACACCUGCUGCAAGUACGACCACUGGCAUCCAUUGGCAGGUUGCGCAAGCAACAUCCCUUGUCAAUAUUGAAUUUGUCAUGAGCACUCAAGCUGGAAAUGCGCACCAAGGUAUUUGGAUGGAGAAUGGUAGUGGCGGUUUUAUGUCUGAUUUGAAAUUUACUGGUGGAAGAUUCGGAAUGUGGGUGGGAAAUCAACAGUUCUUGUCUCUAGACCUUGAGUUUAACCAGUGUGACACUGCCAUCUACAUGAACUGGAACUGGCAAUGGACAUUCAAGAACAUUCGAAUUGCCAACUCACGUAUUGGAAUUGAUAUGUCGGCUGAAGGAAAUGGCAUAUCGUCGGGAGUUGGAUCCAUUCUUCUAAUGGACUCUUCGAUCACAAAUACCCAAGUAGGCAUACGCAUUAGAAAUAACCCACCGCCAAACAGGAACGAUGUCUCUGGCACACUUUUAUUGGAUAAUGUGCAGGUCCUAGGUGUUGGAACUGUUGUACAAAAUAUUGAUGGUGGUGUAGUUCUUCAACACAAUGGAGUAAUCCCAGCAUGGGGUCGAGGUUCUCGGUAUCAAGACGCUAGUGGAGUUGGAACAUACGUCACUGGUCCAUUGCCCAUUAUUACCAAAUCAGCAAACCUUUUGGACAGUCAGGGCAGAUUCUUCCGAAGGACUCGUCCACAAUAUGAAAGUUUACCGGCUUCUUACUUUGACUCCGUAAAACAUCGUGGAGCGACUGGUAAUGGAGUUUCCGAUGACUCUGAUGCCGUACAAGCAACAAUCAAUGCCAAUGUCAACACAGGACGAAUCGUCUACUUCCCAGCUGGAACAUACGUUUUCUAUAAAACAGUAACAGUACCACCAGGCGUCAGAAUUAUUGGAGAGGCAUGGUCGGUUAUCAUGGCCGGAGGAAAUUCUUUCUUCCAAGAUCAAAUGAACCCAAGACCUGUCUUACAAGUUGGAAUUCCCGGUCAACAAGGUAACGUUGAAAUCUCAGAUUUGAUGUUUGCUACAAAAGGAGCACAGCCCGGCGCCAUUUUGGUUCAAUGGAAUAUUAGACAAGGUAGUCAAGGAGGUGCUGGAAUGUGGGAUUCACAUUUCCGUGUUGGUGGAACGACUGGAUCCAAUCUUCAAGUUCCACAAUGUCCCAAAGGUCAAGGUGCAGUACGACACUGUGAGGGCGCACACACACUACUUCACGUAACCGCAACUGGCUCCGGAUAUUUUGAAAACGUAUGGGCAUGGACUGCAGAUCACGAUCUCGACAACCAUGUAGCACAAGGACAAAUUUCUAUCUAUACUGGACGUGGUGUUGUAGUUGAAUCUGUUGAUGGUCCCGUUUGGCUUUAUGGAACCCAAUCCGAGCAUAAUGUAUUCUCCCAAUAUCAAUUAACCAACGCUAGAAACGUCUUCAUGACUAUGAUCCAAUCCGAAACUCCAUACUGGCAACCUGCACCAAGAGCACCAGCUCCAUUUACUCCAAAUGCCGUAUUUAGCGAUCCUUCUUACAGCCAUUGCACAGCUGCAGAUUUUAGAUGUCCCUUAUCUUAUGCACUUAUAGCGAAACGAUGCUCCAAUGUUUAUCUUUACGGUGCCGGCAUGUACAAUUUCUUCAACAAUUACGAUCAGACUUGUCUACUCACUGAAGACUGCCAACGAAAUAUGGUUAGCUUGGCCAACAAUUCCGCUUUCUAUAUGUACAACAUCAACACGAAAGCUUCGAUUAACAUGGUUAUCUUCGAUAAUGAUAGACCAUUAGCUGUAGCGGCUGAUAAUCGUAACGGUUUCUGUCACACAGUCAAUGCAUUCACAGCUCAGGUUUAACUUUCAGUGUAAAGGUUUAAAAUAAAAACGCUUACGAAAGAU